ACUAUAAACUUCUUACUUUGAUCGUAGGGAUAUCUCAGUUUGAAGAUUAUAAUAUUUUUGAUUGUCUCAUAUUUUUUAUAUGUAAUUGAGCUUUAUUAAUCUUUGGUCCACGUUUCCUCUAUUUCUUUUUUCCUUUUAGAUUACUGGGCUUAUUGUUCCUAACGCUUCCCAAGCACACAAGACACCCUAAGCCUAGGAGCAAACAUAGAAAGGGUCGAACUUUAUUCCUUAUCGAUGGCACUACCACUUCUUCCUGGAUAUAAUUUUAAUAGAAAUAUUGGGAAAGAAAAGUUCCACAAAUCACAUUACCUAAAACUGGAAGGCGAUCAAGCCUAUAUGCAUGGCGAUGACAAGCCAGGGAUUGGUGGAGAAAAGCUACCAGGACAAAGAAUCGAUGCACCAACCAGCAUCUAUCCGUCUGGAAUGGGUAGUCAGUUCCCCGCAUGGCUGACGUUUGAUAAACAGGCCUUAUCUUUUGAUGCUUAUUUCCAAGAGUCCGUUAAUGAAAGACGUGAAGAACAAUAUCGUAUUAGAAAAUGUAAAAUCUUAUUUUACCCAGAGGAUGACACUAUACAAGUCGUUGAGCCACGUAUAGCAAACACUGGAAUGGCUCAGGGAACAAUUAUUAAACGGCACCGUAUUUCCAAACCUGUACCAAAUGAACAUCUCUAUUAUACUGUGCAUGAUUUCAAUGUGGGAACAGAGUUUGUAGCUUAUGGUAAAACAUUUCGAAUUGUUUCUUGUGAUCAAUUUACAUCGAAUUUUUUGCGCAAACUUGGUAUAAAAUUAGGUAAACCAGAAUCAAUACCAGAUGAUCCUUACAGUAUUCAUCGUAAAGCUUUUACUGAGAGUAUGCAACCACUUAGACCAUAUGAAAGAAUGGAUAAACUUCGUCAAUUUCUUGAUCAUGAUCGUCAUGUGUUGAGAUUUUUCUGUUUUUGGGAUGAUACAGAAUCACUUUAUGGUGAUCCUAGAGAAAUGAUAUUAAACUAUUUUCUAGCCGAUGAUACAAUUGAAAUACGUGAAAUUAUACCAGCUAAUUCAGGUCGUGAUGCUGUACCAUGCUUUUUACGUCGUCAAAAACUACCACGUACAAUUGCAUCAAUACCGCUGCCGGGUGUAGUAACUGACAGAACAUUAUUAAAUGUAUUCGGUCAUCCACAAAGAGGUGGACAUUAUAUACUUGAUAGUCUAAAGCUUGGUGCACCUAAAGAUAACUUUUACAAAGAUCAUGAUUUAACAAUCGGUGCAAAUAUUAAUGUUUAUGGUAGAAAGUUUUUAAUAUGCGACUGUGAUGAAUUUACCAAAGAGUAUUACCGUAUCAAGUACGGCAUACAAGAUUUCACCCCAGUUAAACCUAAGCUGCAAGAUCAUAUCACCACUGUGAAACGUGAAAUUCCACCAUAUAACGGUUGGGGUACUGAUGAAGAUUCACUAGCUAACUGUUAUAGUUUAGUACCAAAAGCACCAAAUCAUAAUUUUAAAAAAUUCAUGGAAUUAGACCGUCAAGGUUUAGAAUCUCAUGUUUUACGUUUUGCUGGACGUUUAUUGUCUGACCGACCGACAGAUCGUGAUCGUCAGUUUGUGAUUAGUUGCUACUUGUCAGAUGAUACAAUUUCAAUUUUUGAACCGCAACAAAAGAAUUCAGGUUUCCAAGGUGGUUUAUUCUUAGAACGAUCAAAAAUUAAAAAACCCAACAGUAAAUUAUUUGAUAACAAACCAAUGGAAUAUUACAAACCAACCGAUUUAUAUGUUGGUGCUAAACUGGAUUUUAAUACAUUUCUAUUUGAAUUAACUGAAGCCGAUGAUUAUACAUUAGAUUACAUGGAGAAACAUAAAACACAAUUUAAACAAGCUGAUUAUCAAUUAAUAUUGAAUAAAUUAAUAACAAUAUUAAACAAUGAACAAUGUGAUGAAAUUAUCAAGUAUGCUGUAAAUCAAGAUCCAGAUGAUACAGGGACAUUUGGCUUUGAUCAAAUGAUAAAUUUAAUUAAUCAGUUGACUGGUAAAGAGAAUGCGUUAACAACCCAUGAACUGGGUACAUUGGCAAGACAUUAUGGUGUUAGACCAUCCAAGGAAAUAAAUCUUGAAAUUUUGCUUGGGAUUGCACAACAAACACUUCGUAGAAAAGCAUUUGAAGAUUUCUACAGUUUAAUGAUUGCCUGUCGCCAACAAGAUGCCGAUAAAACAGGUGAAAUGGACCGUCAUGCAAUAAGACGCAUAUGUUUAGCGCACCACCUACCAUUACCUGAUGACAUGUUGAAUUCGCUUAUGAAUUGUUUAGUCAAUCAGAAUAAUUUAAUACAAUAUGAACAAUUUAUUAAUCAAUUAAAUUGGAAAAAUUAUGAAAAUAAAGAAUUAUCUAUUCAACCAUCAUUGGAUUCUAUUGGAAAUAUGAAUAUUGAUUGGUUACCAAUAAGUAAAGGUGAUAUGCCAAAAUCAAUUAAUUUAAGUAAAAAAUCAAAAAUCGAUAAAAUCAAUUAUAAACAAUUGAUUAAUGAUUUAUUUAUGAAAGAUUUAUUUCAUUCAUCAAUUGAUUAAUUAAUCAGUUUAAUAAAAU